UCGUGGCCAAUGCGAUUCGCCGAAUGUAUUAUAAAUAUAUUUUAAAUCUUCACUGGAUUCCAGACGGACACUUCACCCCAGCCACCACCACGACCGCCGCAGCACCAUGGGCCGCCGAAAGACUUCGACCAAGAAGAUUGUUACGCGAAAGAAGCAAGUUGUCGCGCGCGUGUUCAAGUGCCCAUUUUGCUCGCAUGACGACAGCGUCCAAUGCAAGAUGGACCGCGACCGCAACGUCGGCCAUUUGACGUGUCGGAUCUGCAGUGAAUCGUAUCAAAGCAAUAUCAAUUACCUCAGCGAACCUAUCGACGUGUACACAGACUGGAUUGAUGAAUGCGAAGCUCUCCAUUCGAAUCAAUAAACUCUGCCCUAACUCACGGAGCUAUUCUUCGCUUGCUUCGAGUCCUUCCGCA